AUGGCUUCUCCAAACUCUCCCGACCAUCUUUCACCGGCGAGAAACGACGGCGCUUCUGACGUCAUCGUUAGACGAACCCUAAACCCAACCGCACCUUUCUUUUUUCCUAGAAACCUUUCCCUUCAUCGUUUCUACUUCUCGCCACCGCCGAUUUAUUUCAUAUCGGAAACUAAUCUCCCUCCUCCUCCUUCGAUCUUUUUGUAUUAUCCUCUUAACAUAAACCCUAAUCCGUUUGUGUAUGUGCAAGAAAUGCCUCAUCUUUACCUUGAAAAUCCCAGCCAAGAGCUGUCUUCUUCUCCGACCACUAGAAAAGGGGUUUUUGGCCGGAGAGGAGGUAACGGACAUUGUAAGAAGGUGACGUGGAAGAGAAAGAUCCAUCAUCAAGUUGAAUCUAUCGGCGAUCACCUCACAACUGUCAUGCUUCGUAAUAUACCAAACAAAUACACGAGAGAUAUGAUGAUUGAGUUCUUGGAUGAGCAUUGUGAAGUAGAAAACAAAAAGAAGAAAGAUGAAGAGUUUCCAGUCUCUGCCUAUGAUUUCCUAUAUCUUCCCAUCGAUUUCAUGAGUAAAAUGAACAAAGGGUAUGCUUUUGUGAACUUCACAAAUGCUGAAGCAGUGUCCAAGUUUAAGGCUGCUUGCAACCACAAGGCAUGGUGUCAUUUCGGCUCAAAAAAAGUACUUGAAGUUGCUCAUGCUAGGCUUCAGGCUAAUGAGCUGGUAAAACAUUUUGAACAAAUGACAUAUCCAGUUGAGGCAUACAGUGCGGUGUGUUUCAGCCCAGCUCGUAGCGGACCGAAGAAUACAGUUGAAACCAUCAUGGUCGGUAAAUGCACCGAGCCAAUGAUACGGGUUUAA